AUGGCGGGUGUGCUAGGGCUGUUUUUCGGUACAGGGGAAGUCACCAAGGACGAUAUGACCGCUCCAGCGGGGAAGGAUCAACAGGCCUCCCCGGUGUACGUCGCCAGCAUCGACCAGGGUACGAGCAGCUCCCGCUGCAUCGUCUUCGGCAAGGAUGGAAGCAUCGUGGCCGAGCACCAGAUAGAGCAUGAGCAAUUCUACCCUCGGCCCGGAUGUGUCGAGCAUGAUGCGGAGGAAAUAUGGCGGAACGUGGAGAUGUGUGUGAAGUCCGCCCUCAACAUUGCCGGCCUCGGCGCUCCCGACCUGGCUGCUGUGGGCAUCACUAACCAGAGGGAGAGCACUCUGGUGUGGGAUAGAAACACAGGGACCCCUCUCCAUCCCCUCAUCGUCUGGAACGACGUCCGUACAGAGUCCAUUUGCAGAGAUCUCAAGGCCAAUGGCGGCGCCGACCGCUUCCGGGGUAGGACGGGACUGCCCAUCUCCCCCUACUUCUCCGCGACCAAGCUCAUGUGGCUUCUAGACAACGUGGCCGGUCUUCGCGAGUUGGCGGAAAAGGGCGACGCUCUGUUCGGGACGAUGGACUCCUGGCUGAUGUGGAAGCUCACGGGCGGGAGGAUGCACAUCACGGACGUGACCAACGCCAGCCGGACGAACCUCAUGUCUCUCGAAGGACUCCACUGGGACAAGAGUAUCUUGCAGGAGUUGGGCAUCCCAGCGUGCAUGCUGCCCUCUAUUGUGUCGAGCUCGGAGGUGUACUGCGUCGCGGAUAACCCCGACAACGUCCUCAACGGAGUCAGAGUUGCGGGUAUUCUCGGAGACCAGCAGGCCGCGCUGUUCGGUCAAAUAUGCUUCAGAGAGGGCCAGACGAAAUGCACCUACGGGACCGGAAGCUUCAUCCUCAUGAACACCGGGGAAAGGGUCGUGCCAUCCACGAAUGGCCUCCUGAGCACCGUGGGGUUCAAGCUGGGGGAGCAAGCUUGUGUCUACGCGCUGGAGGGCUCGAUCGCCUACGCCGGCUCGACGGUCCAGUGGCUCCGCGAUAAUCUUGAGAUGAUAAAAUCCGCCUCCGAAAUCGAGGCCCUGGCGCGCACCGUGGAGGACAACGGCGGCGUCUUCUUCGUGCCGGCCUUCGCCGGGUUGCUGGCGCCUCACUGGCGCGGGGACGCGAGAGGCCUCAUGUGCGGACUGACUGCGUACAACACGAAGGCGCACGUGGUUAGGGCCGUGUUAGAGUCGACGGCCUUUCAGGUUCAAGAGGUUCUGGGAGCCAUGAACCAAGACAGCGGAGUGGAGGCGGUGAGCCUAAAGGUCGACGGAGGUAUGACCGCCAACGCCCUGCUCAUGCAAUUCCAGGCCGACCUUCUUGGUGUGCAGGUUCUGCGACCCAAGAUGUCGGAGACGACGGCUCUCGGAGCAGCGUUUGCCGCCGGCCUUGCGGUGGGCGUGUGGGAGGACAUAGACGACCUGUCCAAGACCUGGGCGCUAGGGCAGGAGUACGAGGCGACCAUGGCGGCGGAGAAGCGCGACAUGCUUCUUUGGAACUGGCUGCGUGCGGUAGAGCGAUCGCUUGGCUGGGAGGUGACAGAGAGAAACGCAAAGGAGGACGGGGGAGGGGGCAACAUAGCCUCGGCGGCGGCGGCGGCGGCGACGCGAUCGGGAACCACCGCCAGAGGCAACGGCGGCAGGUGGAGACUCGAGACGGCAGUGCUCAUGGCGAUAGCGGCGGCGGCGGGGGCAGCCGCGGCAGUGGUGGUGCUGACGACAAAGGGCGGGCAAAAGAUGCACAUUGGAGCAUUGCGACCGUGAUAAACUCUCAUCUUCAGAUUGAAACCGCUCGUCCACACCUCUAUAUUGCCCCAGUAACGUCCGUCCUUUUGCAUAUGCUGAGGGAUCUUUUCGGGAGAAGACCAUGGACUUUGGGCUACCGUAGAUCUGCGACCAUGAUCUCCGUUUGGCCCCGACGGAUGAGGAUGUUUUUGAUUGGUCGGGGAGGAAGAAUGAGCACGGGCAAAAAGUGAACUAUGGAAUUGACUGUCUUGGUGCCAUUAUGAGGUACGAGGCUUCGUGUUUUUUUGUAGCGAGCCUCGCGUGUAUAUAUGUACUCGGAGUUUGCGGUUUUCGAUACGGUUUGGUUUCUGUUUUCGUCGUUGAAAGCCGAGUUCCAGUUGACGGGUCAUUUGAAGCCUAUCCAAGAGCGGCUGGGAUCCUGAACAGCGGCUGUACAAUAUGCAGGCAUCCACUCCGCUAUCCUGCACUGUUUUUGCAGCCAGAUGAAGUCGGCACGUUUGUUUUAGUGACGCAGAUCUGCACGCCGUCGUCCUUCCUACAUCACUAUGAAUUGGGAGGUCACAGGGUUGGGCUCAAGUAUUGUCAGAAUUUGAAUAAGUUUAGCACGCAUGUAGGACACCCGGUUGAGAACCCCACACGGACUUUGUAGUGCCUGUUCCCUCGGUGAAACGGUAGCACCUGAGUCGCCCGGAUCUCUGGGACUGAAAGGAUACAUCGUAAGCUUCACAUUUUUUGAGUCACCGUUGCGUCCAACGGCCCAAGGGAGACUUGACCCACCCGAUAUAUUGUAUGGCACACUGGUCUGUACAGUACGUCGGCAUUAGCGUGACGUACACACUGCGAGCGAUGACAAACACGUUCUGUAUUCGCUUG